AUGCACGAUCAAUAUGGACCCAUUGUUCGCGUUGCACCGACACAACUUUCCUACAUCACGGCUGAGGCAUGGAAAGACAUCUAUGGCUCUCACGCAGGGCAGGCACAAAAUCCAAAAGACCAAAGAAUGCUUAUAGCACCGCACAAAGGCAUGCCGGACCACAUUCUUAGGGCGAAUGAUGCCAAUCAUAGCCGUUAUCGACGGCUCAUGGCUUACGCAUUCUCUGCGAAGGCGCUUGAGGACCAACAGUCACUGAUUACGGCGUACGUGGAUAUUCUGAUCGAGCGACUGAAGGAGAAUGCAAACAAUGCUCAGAACAUGACCGCAUGGUAUAACUGGACAACUUUCGACAUUAUUGGCGACCUCACGUUCGGUGAAUCUUUCCAUGGUUUGCGCGAUCAAUGCUGGCAUCCUUUUGUUGAAACCAUUACUGAAGGUAUUGAAGUAGGAGCCGCUAUCACUGCUAUUUCAUACUAUGGACUUGGAUUUGUCUUGCAGUACCUAACCCCAAAAUUUAUGCUAGAUAAGUUCGAGCGAAUGCAAGCGUAUACGAGGGAAAAGGUUGAGUCUCGCCUGCAGCGCGGCACUGAGAGACCUGACUUCAUGUCAUUCAUUAUGCGAAACGACAAAAAAGGGCAGCAGAUGAGCAAGGAUGAGCUAGAGGUUAAUGCAGAAAUCCUGGUACUUGCGGGAAGCGAGACAGCAGCUUCACUUCUUGCAGCAGCUACAUAUUAUCUAUGCACGAAUCGCCAGACACUCGAAAAGGUAACUUCGGAGGUCCGGGAUGCAUUUGAAACUGACCAAGACAUGGAUAUGCACUCGUUAGCCAAGCUGGAUUACCUACUGGCGGUCCUAAAUGAGUCUCUGCGGCUAUAUCCGCCAGUGCCGAGUGCUGUACCAAGAAUCACCGUGAACGGCGGUAGAAUUUCUGGCCAAUGGGUGGCGCCGGGAACAAUAAUCGGCAUCUUCCAAUUUGCUGCCUUCCACUCUCCGUCUAACUUUCACGAGAGCGAAGCAUUGGUGCCUGAACCUGGCUUCCUAACCCACCCGCUGAGUUCCGUGAGGACAACAAAGAUGUGGCUGGCUCACCUUGAGAUGCGGCUUAUCCUAGCCAAGGUCCUCUGGAAUUUCGACCUCUCAUUAGAGGAGGAGAGCAAACACUGGACCAAUCAGAGGAUGCAUAUCGUUUGGCAGAAAGGACCGCUCAUGGUGAAGCUUACGCCAGUGGACAGGACAGAGAAGGUCAAGUCGGGUUGA